AUGAGCGCACCUCCAACUGGUGGCACCUUCCGUUACCCCCGAGCCAGUCCCCCUAUUGCCUCCUUUGCCCCCUUGCCUCCACCUUCCCCUACAGCUGAUUCAUCCAGCUCUAUGCCGGUCCUGGACUUGGGAGACAUUCUCAAGAUGAUACGCGACCUGAUCGACGCGCUACCAGCGGCGCUCUGCCAUCGCAUCUUCCUCUUGCUACUGGAGCGGCCCUGCACUGCCACCCCACCGCACUCCGCGGGCGGCCGCUACUACUGCCGCGCGCUAACCGCGGCGCAGCGUGCAGAGACGAAGGCCAGCAAGGCGAAUGCCGAAGGCAGCGAUGGUGGUGGUGCUUCCGCCACACGGCGCGCAGAGGCGAAUGCGAGUGGCAGCAAUGCUGGUGAUGGCACCAACGACGCACGGAGCGCUGAGACUUGCGCCAGCAGCAACGGCAAGAGUAGUUACAGCAGAGGCGUGGACGAGGGCAAGGGCAGUGCAGGCGAGAGCGACAACGAGGAGGAGGAGGAGAGAGUGGUGUUCGUGAAGGCCGGGGUGUCGCCGUGCUGGCUGCAUGCUCACAACGCCCGAGUGUUCGGCUCCUCGUGGCCUCUGCUGUGCUGCGCGCUCGCCAGCAAGAGGCUGCUCAGCCACGUCGCCUCCUUCUCCUCCCUUCAGAGCUUAACCCUAGAAAAUGUGGACCCCAGGGGGAUCUCUCUUAAAGCCCUGGCUGCCAUUUCCCCUCAGCUGCACGAGUUCUUGUUCUGCGAGCCGUGGAAGCUGGAGGAGGAGGGAGGGGACGACUGCAAAGGACCGGUGCUGCUGGCGCUGGAGUUCCCGAGGGCUCGCCGCCUCUCCUUCCGCUUCCUCACCCACGAGCUCAAGCUGAAGCUCGCCCUCUCUCACCACUCCCUCACCUCCUUCUCCGCCUGUGCCCAGUCCCUCACGCUCGCCUGCCGCUCCGCCCGUCCGCUCGCCUUGACCCAGCUGUUGCUGUUUGGGGAAGAGAGGAUCCAUAUUGCCUCCUUCAAUGUUGCCUCUGUCCGUGCGCUAUACCUCAACGCCCCGAUAGAACUGCUGCCGCCGCAGCCCUCUGCAUGGGCGGACUGGCUGCGUGCGCUCGCACCAACAGUGGAGCUGCUUAUAGCGAGGCACGACAUCGACCUUGGCGCCUGCAGGUUCCCCUGGCCGCGGCUGCAGAGCCUCGGGAUUGUCGUGGCGAGCAAUUACGAUGUGGUGAACCCGGUGCGUGGGGAGAUGGCGGUGGAAGAUGUGAAGAGAGCAGACGGGGAUGAGAUUAUUGAGUGGACGAGAGCGCAGAGAAGGAAGGAGCAGGCGGAGGCGAGGGAGACGGAGUGGAGGAUGAGGAAUCAAGGGCUCACUCGAGCGUGCGACGCCGUCACGCAGGCCUACUUCCUCUCGCUGGUGCAUCCCUCCGAGCAUCAACGCUCCGAAUCUGCGAGCUAUGUUCUUCCCGACCCGCCGCGACACACCAGCAGGCCUGCUGGUAGAUCUCAAGGCGAGGUAUCCCUCCCUGGCGCUGUACUCCGUUGCGAGGCACACGUGCGAGCCGAGGGGUUUGCAAGCUCUGCUGUACCCUCGCUAUCAGGAGCCUCCCCUGAGAGCAGCGUUCUUCGUUUGGCCCUUGACAUUUUCUUUCCCGCCAUGGCGACGGGCUCGCUGAAACAGAUCGCCAAGUGUCGCCUGCGCGACCUGCUCGUCGCAAGCACCGCCGGCCGCACAUUCGCAUCAGCGCCGAGUGCCGUCCAACCCGCCGUUGGUCUCUCUCCCGCUGACUCCGCCGGUCACCACGCGCGUGCUGACUCCGCCGCACGCACCCAAUUCGCCGCCGGUACAACAGACUCUCUGCGGCCUGCCGCGUCGCAACCCACGUCGCAACUUACGUCGCAGCCCACGUCACAAAGAUUUCCUGACGGUUGUUUUCAACCGGCCUUCCUACCACGCGGUCGCUGGCAGCCCGCUCUGCCCUCGCCUCCUUCCGCGCUUACAGCAUCGGCGCGCUCUCACGCGCCCUGCAUGCCUCACACGCUUUGGCCUGCCGCGCCACGCGCAGAAUCCGCAACAGCAGCAGCACCAGCGGAAGCGGCGGCGGCGGGGGCGGCGGCAGCGCGCUGCCAUCAUUCCGCCGCCGAGCCGUGCCACCACGACGAGGCGCGCACAGGAAACGCGACGGCGACGACCGGCAGCAGCGGCGGUCGUGACAGGCCCGUCGAAUCUGCGACCCCUGCCACGUCAGCAGCUGAUGGCGCGUCCGCGUGCUGGCUGUGCUCCGCCGAUCGCGUCGCUGAUGCGCGCGCGGGGGGAAAGGGCAACCCGUCCGCGGAUGACAUGCACGCGGAUGCGGAAGCGGAGGGCGCGAGGGGCAGGGGGGAUGGCGCGAGCAAGGAGGGCGAUCCGCUGACGUGGCGGUUCUUCUGCGGGACAUGUGGCGCGCUGCAACCGGUGGACAAACACACGGACCUGUUCGAACUGUUUGGCCUCCCACGUGCAUUCGCCAUCGACCUAUCGCUACUGGAGCAGCGCUACAAGCAGCUGCAGAAGAUGCUGCACCCGGACCUGCAUGGGGGCCGGUCGGAGGAGGAGAGAGCGCUAUCAGCGGAGCAGGCAGCGCAUGUCAUAGACGCCUACUACACACUCCUCAGACCGCUCUCCCGGGCCAAGUACCUUCUGCGGGCCAGUGGCGUCACCCCAGCAGAUCUGAGUGGGGACAGUCCGGGGAGGGACCAACAGUUGCUCAUGGAGGUGAUGGAACUGAGGGAAACCAUUGAGGACGCGGACAGCUUUGAGGAGUUGCAGGCGCUGCAAACGCAGACCCAGGAGAGAAUGCAAGGGCUGUACAGCAGCUUUGACGAGGCGCUUAGACGGGGAGAUGUGGGGGCGUGUGUGGGGCUGCUGCACCGCAUGGCUUACUUCCAACGUGUAGCCAAUGAGAUCGACAAUCGGCUGCACUCUAUGUAG